AUGAUCAGGAACGAAGUAAGAAAGUCUAUUGGACCCAUUGCUACCCCGGAUGUCAUCCUGUGUGUUCCGGGAUUACCCAAGACUAGGUCGGGUAAAAUAAUGCGGAGAAUUUUAAGAAAGGUGGCCAACAGGAUCUAUAACGAUAUGGGCGAUACGUCGACUUUGGCAGAACCAGAAGUUGUCGAGGCCAUUGUUAUGAGAGCGAGAGCUCAUCAUGGCGAGGAUAUGAGGAAGGGAACUUUCUCAACGCACUUACAAUGA